CAAAAUUUUCAAUCACCCGCCUUUUACCUUCUUUAUAAAACCCACAUCCUUCCCUUCUCCUUCCAUCACAAACUCAAAACUUCAAAAACUUUUCCUAAACCCAAGGUUCCCUCCAUUAAUUCACCAUCAGAAACCCUAAUCUCCAUUAAUGGCUCGUACAAAGCAAACCGCACGUAAAUCAACCGGAGGAAAGGCUCCAAGGAAACAGCUAGCGACAAAAGCUGCUCGGAAAUCGGCACCGGCAACCGGAGGAGUGAAGAAACCUCACAGAUUCAGGCCUGGAACAGUUGCAUUGAGGGAAAUCAGGAAGUAUCAAAAAAGUACUGAACUUCUGAUUCGUAAGCUUCCAUUUCAGAGAUUAGUUAGAGAAAUUGCUCAAGAUUUCAAAACAGAUCUUCGAUUCCAAAGCUCUGCAGUUGCUGCGCUCCAAGAAGCGGCUGAAGCUUAUUUGGUUGGAUUGUUUGAGGAUACUAAUUUGUGUGCUAUUCAUGCUAAGAGAGUUACUAUUAUGCCUAAGGAUAUUCAACUUGCUCGUAGGAUUCGAGGUGAGAGAGCUUAGUUGUAAUGUCUGAUAGGAAUCGGUAGUGAUUUUAGUAACUAAAUGUAACUGAAUGGAAAUUAGAUUUUGAGGUUAUUUCGUUCGUUUGUUUGAACCUCUGGUUUUGUGACAUUUAUGAAUAUUAAAGAAGGUUUGAGCAAUUACUGUUCUAA